AUGACAAAGCGAAAAGUAUUACUAAAGGUGAUUAUCUUGGGAGACAGCGGAGUAGGAAAGACUUCCUUGAUGAACCAAUAUGUCAAUAAGAAGUUUAGUUCUCACUACAAGGCAACAAUUGGAGCUGACUUUCUGACAAAAGAAAUAACUAUAGAUGAUGAUACGGUCGUUACUAUGCAGAUAUGGGAUACCGCAGGCCAAGAGCGAUUCCAGUCGUUGGGUGUCGCAUUCUAUCGGGGAGCUGACUGUUGUGUCUUGGUAUAUGAUGUCAAUAAUAACAAAUCAUAUGAAUCAUUAGGUCAGUGGCACGACGAAUUCCUUGUUCAAGCGUCACCUCGAGAUCCUGAGCAUUUCCCGUUUGUGGUGUUGGGAAACAAGAUUGAUAUGGAUGAGUCAAAGAGGAUGGUAUCUCAAAAGAGAGCCAUGACGUUUUGUCAGGCGAAGGGCAAUAUACCGUACUUUGAAACCUCAGCCAAGGAGGCUAUCAACAUCGAACAAGCUUUUCAGACGAUCGCAAGGAAUGCACUUCAACAAGAGACGAGUGUGCAGCUUUAUGGUGAAUUAAGUGAUCCAAUUCGAUUAGAUAAUGAAACGACAGUAGAUGAAGAUAUCAAUAAAUGUGCAUGUUAA